CCAUCAACAAACUGGACCUCAGAGAUUGAGAAUAGGAUGCCAUCAAAGUUCAUGUACAUGUAGAGGUAGACAGACGUAUACUUUUGGCAAUUUGUGUCUCAGUCCUCAGUAGGUAGAGUCUGCUUUGACCCUUCCUGUAAAGAGCAUUAUUGUUGUGAUUCUAGUUCAAUUUAAUGUUCAGGUGAAUAUUUAUCAGAGUUCACUAUCUCAGUGUCUGUUCCCGUGGCAGCUCCUUGGUUAUCCCCGCGUUGAUCAAGAAAUAAAAUCGGGCAAACUUACCAAAGUAUUAAUUUGUAUAAAUCUAAUUAAUUAAAAAUGUAUAAAAAUAUAAAAACAAACUUCGGAUUAUCAAGGAAAUCGCAAGUCAUUUUCCAGCUGUUGAUCAGUUUAAAUGCUUUUUGGUGACAUCUGGUGGUUGCAAUCUGGAACUACAACCCACUAUUUGAACGUCACAAUACGUCAUCAGGAAGUCCUCUGACUCCAAAGGCAGCAUCAUGGCAGACAACACAGACACACAUGGCGAGGAGAUGCCUGAACUCUCUGAAGGAGAUGAUGAUGUGGACGAUGAUGACGAGCAAUGGCAGUGGAUGGAGGAGGAGAGACAGACAGUUACCUGCUUGUUCUGUGACAAGUUGUUGGACUCUGUUUCUGCAACCCUUCAGCAUUGCACAGCUGAACACCAGCUCAGCCUUGUAAACGUAGUAAGAAAACACAGUUUAGAUGACUACGGUUACAUAAAAAUGAUCAAUUUCAUUCGCUCUACAAAAUGUGGUCCAUCCUGCCUGAUGGAGCUGUCUGAGGGUCCCUUACCCUGGGACAGUGAAGACUUUCUGAGACCAGUCGUUCAGGACGACCCACUGCUUCAGACAGACCCGGAGGAGCUGUGUGGCAGGGAGGACAUGUGCUCAUCAUCCAGGGCUGAGCCCUGUGAUAAACUGGUCCGGAGAGCCCUGGCAGCUGAAGAAAGAGCUCAUCGCUCAGAAGAGGCGUUGACCAGAGCCAUGGAGGAUCUGCACAAACUAAAGCUCCUCGCUCAGGAUUUGGUGCUGAACGCAGAAACCAGCAAAUCUGGUAACCUGGGUGCUGUCGCCGAGCUGCGGGAGGAUGAGGAUGAGGCCUACUUUAGCUCUUAUGGCCAUUAUGGCAUCCACGAAGAGAUGCUGAAGGAUAAGGUGCGGACAGAGACCUACCGCGACUUUAUGUACAGCAACCCAGAAGUGUUCAGGGACAAGGUGGUGCUUGAUGUAGGUUGUGGGACCGGCAUACUGUCCAUGUUUGCUGCCAGAGCUGGGGCCAAAAAGGUGAUUGCAGUGGACCAGUCAGAGAUCAUCUAUCAGGCAAUGGACAUAGUCAGGUCCAAUCAGCUGGAGAACAUUAUCACUCUGAUCAAAGGUCGCAUUGAGGAUAUCAAGCUUCCUGUGGAAAAGGUUGACAUCAUCGUUUCAGAAUGGAUGGGCUACUUCUUGCUUUUUGAAUCCAUGUUGGACUCUGUCCUGUAUGCCAGAGACCUUUACUUAGCUGAUGGUGGUUCAGUGUACCCAGACCUUUGUAACAUCAGCCUGGUCGCUGUGGGAGAUGCACAGAAGCACCAAGAUCGCAUUGCAUUCUGGGAUGAUGUAUAUGGCUUCAAUAUGGCAUGCAUGAAGAGGGCUGUGGUGCCUGAGGCUGUGGUGGAAGUAGUGAAUGCAGAGACAUUCAUCUCUGAACCUGCAGUCAUACAGACAUUGGACUGUAACACAGUGUGCCUGUCAGAGCUGGAGUUUACUGCAGAUUUCUUCCUAAAGAUAACAAAAACCACAGAAUGCACGGGAAUUGUCGGCUACUUUGACAUUUUCUUUGACAAAGGCUGCAGCAACAAGGUCAUGUUCUCCACAGGUCCUCAAGUUACAAAGACUCACUGGAAACAGACACUCUUCCUUCUAGAGAAGCCCAUGGCUGUUAAAGCAGGAGAAGAGCUCCGGGGAAAUAUCAGCGUGCGUAAAAACAAGAAAGAUCCUCGCUCACUCUUUGUCACCUUUGACCUUCCAGACAGGAAGCAGACUUAUAGCCUCCAAUGAUGUCAGCCACCAUAUUGUCCAUGUAAUGAAUUGUAGCCCCCAUUUUUUAUUGACAAUUAAUGUACUGGCGCCUGUGAGAAGAAAAUGAAGGACAGAGUUUGAUAAUUUAGUCAUUGGCCUUGUCUACUUUUUUGUAAUAAUUAUUUACAUGGUUUUCAAUCUCUGCGCCCUUGUAAACAGUUAUUAUAAUAAAGGAGUUGAAAUGGA